AACAGUAUCUCCUAAGGGGUGUGUCCCUUGGAAAUAACCGUUAGGGAGAAAGGAUUUAUCACGAGUACACAAUAUAUUGUAACAAUUCCGUCACCUUCGUUUCUUCUCCCAUAUGAUUAUCCUGAAGAGUAUAUCCAUCGAACUUGUGUUACUUUUUUUAUGCCAUGAAGCAAUCGAAAAUAAAUCACCAACAUAUAUGCCCUAAUAAUAACUCGCCGCUCAUCCGAUCCGGGCGACUGCUGACCGAGCCCGGUGAUUAGGCUAUCCGCAGUGGUGACGGUAAAACUCAACCUCAAAUAUUUACAGUAUCAUAUAGCGCUCAGAGUUGCUACAACGGGUGACUGAAAAGAGCACUGUAAGUUUUCCGAACCCCACAGUCAGCGCACGUUUCCCCCCAACUGCAUAAUCUCUCUCCUAUUUCCAUUGGUUGGCUGACAGUUGAGUGUGGGUUGAGUGGGGACAGGAGAGAUGAAAAAAUAGAAUAUAUGGUAGUUGGUAUAGGGUAGAGAUUUAGAGUAAAUAUGAUUGCGGAAGAUUGUAGAAUAGAGUAGAGAAUCUCGCUGACCAGGUCCUUUUACAGCCAGCAGGUUCGGUUCUCGCUGUCACGCACGCUCCCAACCAAAGCCUGUGACGCGGCACAUUCGGUCUCUCUUUCUGCACAUGCUGUGGCCUGUGGGAUGUCUGAGACAUCCAUUCAUCCGGGCAACGGUGCAAGUUGAGCGAUCCAUUCAUCCACGACGACGCGGUUGCAGCCACAGCUGGCCAUGGCCUGGUGGAGUAGGCGAUGCUCUCGCCUCCUGCAACAAGCAACGCGUGGCCAGCAGCCCAUUAGCUUAUAUGACUGAUUUGGCAAAGCUUAUUAUUAGCUUAUAUAAGAACUCAGUAGAAAUGGAGUUCUUCACAGAGUACGGAGAGGCAAGCCAGUACCAGAUCCAAGAAGUCAUUGGUAAAGGGAGCUACGGAGUAGUUGCUGCAGCUGUGGACACCCGCACCGGUGAGCGGGUUGCUAUCAAGAAGAUCAAUGAUGUGUUUGAGCACGUCUCGGAUGCCACACGCAUACUGCGGGAGAUCAAGCUCCUCCGGUUGCUUCGUCACCCAGACAUAGUCGAGAUUAAGCACAUCAUGCUCCCUCCUUCUCGGAGGGAGUUCCAAGACAUCUAUGUUGUUUUUGAGCUCAUGGAGUCGGAUCUCCAUCAAGUGAUCAGGGCGAAUGAUGACCUCACCCCUGAACAUCACCAGUUUUUCCUGUACCAACUUCUUCGAGCUCUCAAGUACAUACAUGCCGCUAAUGUAUUCCAUCGUGAUCUAAAGCCCAAGAAUAUACUGGCUAACUCGGACUGCAAACUGAAAAUAUGUGACUUUGGACUUGCCCGUGCAUCAUUCAAUGAUGCCCCUUCAGCUAUAUUUUGGACAGACUAUGUGGCAACAAGGUGGUACCGGGCACCUGAACUAUGUGGUUCCUUUUUCUCCAAAUACACUCCUGCAAUUGAUAUUUGGAGCAUUGGGUGCAUAUUUGCUGAACUUCUCACUGGAAGGCCACUAUUUCCUGGGAAGAAUGUUGUACACCAAUUAGAUAUUAUAACAGAUCUUCUUGGGACUCCAUCAUCUGAGACCUUAUCCCGGAUUCGAAAUGAGAAGGCCAGGAGAUAUUUGAGCUGCAUGCGGAAAAAAUAUCCCGUGCCCUUUACUCAUAAAUUUCGACAUGCUGAUCCUUUGGCUCUUCGUCUUCUAGAGCGUUUGCUUGCAUUUGAUCCUAAAGACCGGCCUAGUGCAGAAGAGGCUCUAGCUGAUCCAUACUUUGCAUCCCUUGCUAAUGUGGAACGUGAGCCAUCAAGACACCCGAUUUCUAAACUUGAGUUUGAAUUUGAAAGAAAGAAGCUGGCCAAAGAUGAUGUUAGAGAACUGAUCUAUCGAGAGAUUUUGGAGUAUCAUCCACAGAUGCUGGAGGAGUACAUGAAAGGCGGAGAACAGAUUAGCUUCCUCUAUCCAAGCGGAGUCGACCGCUUCAAACUGCAGUUCGCUCAUCUUGAGGAGCAUUACAGCAAAGGAGAAAGAGGUUCCCCACUGCAAAGAAAGCAUGCUUCCUUACCAAGGGAAAGAGUGGUUGUAUCCAAGGAUGGCAAUACUGAACAACAAAUUAAUGACCAGGAGAGAAGCGCAGAUUCUGUUGCCCGCACUACCGUGAGCCCUCCAAGGUCAGAGGAUGCUGACAUGGAUGAUGUGAAACCCACAAGCUUAAGCUCUCGGAGCUACCUGAAGAGUGCAAGCAUAAGCGCUUCCAAGUGCGUCGUUGUCAGAAAUAAACACCCAGAGCCAGAGGAUGAUGGAAUACCUGAGGAGAUGGAAGGCACCGUCGAUGGAUUGUCUGAAAAGGUCUCCAGGAUGCACUCCUAAGGCAGGACUGUCCAUGGCGACAGCAAUCUCGACACAAGAUUUCUGUCUGGUGCACUGUAAUGCCGACGACACACUGUUUGGAUCUUGUGUACACCCACAGCUAGUUCAACUAAGAUGUAGCACUAGUUCGUCCAUGGAGGAAGCAGAAUGGACGAUGAAGUGUGGUCAGCCUGUCGACCAUGAGGUGUUUUCUUCCAAUGGAGUCUAGGGUAUGUUUGAGUUCUACAACGGCUUGUGCCGUACGAAGUGUCAGCAGUGUACGAGGAGGAGGAUAUCGUUGUCAGUACACAUUUUGCCUGUCUAGAAAAUUAUGAGUACUUUCUCCGAUCACAAGUACAUGUACAUCCAUGUUUGUCUUAAGAUAAAAAAAGAAAAUUCACAAA